AUGAUGAACGGGCUACAUCACUUCUCAGAAAAUUCUUCUUCUAAUUUAUCCAUGAAGCAGCCAAUUAUAUUAGAAAAUACUAACAAUAACAAAUCAGGUGUAAGACCAUAUGUUCGAUCGAAAAUGCCUAGACUCCGAUGGACACAUGAUCUUCAUCGCAGCUUUGUGCAUGCUGUUGAGCGUCUUGGUGGAGAAGAUCGAGCAACACCAAAGAUGGUGCUACAGUUGAUGGAUGUGAAGGGCCUCACCAUAUCUCACGUUAAGAGUCACCUUCAGAUGUACAGAAGUAUGAAACAUGAACAGUUGAUGCAAGCAGUAGCAGAGGCUGCAAAUGGGAGCAAGAGGAAUAGAAUGGAUGGUCCAGAUCAAGUGAAUUAUCCCCAUGGACACUUUCUUCAUCAUUACUAUAAUGGCCAUCCUAAUUCGACAAUAACUAGCACCUAUUCGGACCAAAUUGCCUCUACGCCUCCUUUUAUCCCUCCAGCUCCGUGGAAACCCAUGCCCAAGAAGAUGAUGGGAUUAGAAGGUCGAUCGAACCCAGCUUGCAACAUGUUCAGGGAUUUUUUCAAUGGCUGCACUACUGUUCAAGAUGGGAGUGUAGGCGAUCAUUAUGGUAGCAGUUUGUCAAAUAAGCAUUUUUCAAUGAUUGAUACUGAAGAAGAAGCCGAAGACUCCGGCAGCACAACUAUGUCCUUACAACCAUCUGCCGGAUUAGAUGAUGUGAAUAAUAAUAAUAAUAAUAAUAUCUCUCUUGACCUUACCCUAGGUUAA